AGGCUCGUCCCUCCACCGAUACUCGACGCUGAACCCCAGAUUGGUUUGUAAGCCAAUGCAUAGCUGUCAGCCUUCAAGGUGACAAAAGCUUAAUACUCUCGCACUUUGAGUAAAUUUGCUCCAAACGACUACAUUGGGCCGCCGUCAUGUCUCUUCUCCGUUCCUACCGGGGCUUAUCAAAGAACGCAAGGCUUGGAUUCGGCGUAGGACUCAUGGCAUGGGGGUUCAUAGGUUUGACCUGGUCAGACAGUGUGGGGGAAAAGUUGGGCAUCAUACCUAGUGAAAAGGAGAAGAAGGAUCUGGAGAGGCUGAAGCCCAGUAUCACCGUUGUUGAGAGGGAUCAGUGAUUGUGCUGGAAGCUCUAAGCGAGUAGGAGCAAAGGUACCGAUGUCCAGUGAGGGAUAUGCUGCCUUUGAUUUGUGGUAUACUAGAGCAUCUUGAAGCAGGUUGGCACAGGUCCGAAUAGACAGAGUAUGGUGGCAACUCAGUCAUCAUCAUCUCCUCUCGAUUGCAACUAACUACUGACUUCUCGACCCAUCUAUUGUUCCGGCCUGACUGACAUACAGACUCGAAGUAAUCUCAUCUUUUCUGUCCAUUUCCCACAACAGUGUAAUCAAGCCGAAUUACCUUUCUUUUUGUUUUGUUUUUUCAAUUAAGGAAAAGAGAGGGUGAAACGUAGGGCGAAAAGAUAAAGGAAAGAAAUAAAUCAAUAAAUAAAGCAUCCGUAGUCUCGUUAUAACCCAUCCGCUUGUCCGGAUCAAUCUAAGUGCAUCGCCAGCGCCGAACACUGGCCUGCCACCAGACCGAAAGUGUCCUUUUCCGCUUGUCUAUACACACAAAAUGGCAAGAGAAAAAAAGAACCAAAACAAGGUAGGAAGAAAAUCAAGAUGCACAAGUCUAAUGCAAAAAGCUUAGAUAUGUCUAUCAUCGCAUGCCCGUCCGAGAAAUGCAUAUCAAAGACAACCACCAGGCAACCCAUU